AUGAGGAGCGACAUUGGAGUGAAUACCCCUCUGAGUGACGACCAUGAAGACACAGAAAACCAAGUCAAUGAUAUUGUCCCAUUGCGUAAACAUUUCAAAAAUAUUGAAAAACUAAAAAUAAGUAGCGUUUCAACAGGAGUAGAUUCUCAUAGAAGUUCGGCAAAGUCCAGUUCAAGUCAGAUGAACUUGGGAGAUGCUAUUCCGUAUGCAUCGCGCAGUUUAUCCAAGAACUAUAUCGAAAGGGGUGAUGUACUGGAGACCAUUACCAACAAAGAGAGAGGAGAACAGGAAGAUCAAUCCACAGAAACGAACAAAAAAGUUAAUUACAAAAUAAACGUAUUUAGUUUGGGAGAGUACCACUUUGAGAGGGAUAAUCUUGAAGGUCAACUCACCAGUGGUAGGCACCCAAAUCAUGAGACAAGCAUACUGGGCAAUAAUAUCACAGAUGAUUUCCCCUCUAUCAUUGAUUCUGCCUCUAAAUCAAAUAAAGACAAACUCCUUUUUAAUAACGCACAGAACUCAUCUACUUCUCACAUAGAAGAAAAUUAUACUAACACAUGGGAUGACGACAACAUAUUUCCAUGUGAAUACAACUUGAAACAAUUUGGAAUAGAUAUUUAUAGUGAAAUUGAAGCUAGUUUUUGCGGACUCCAUGGAGGGGAAACUUUUAUGGAGGAGGGAGAAAAAUCCAUUCUGUGGAAAGACAAAAGGAAUGACAUUCUGAAUGUAACGAACAAGCAGAGUUUGAUUGAAAAUCGAAGUGAUACUAGACAACAGGACAAUCUGAUUAAAUGGGGUGAUAAAGAAGGGGUAGAAGAGAACAAACUGGGGAGUUGUACACGUGGAAUAAAUAAAGUUGGAAGAAACAGGGGGGCUAAUCUGGACUGGGGAACAAUAUAUGCAGAGAAUGCAUUAGCAGAGAUGACACUCUCCCCGGAUGCUACACCUGUAGAUUUGCUCACCUCAUUUUUCCCUCCACCUGGGAGAUCCCAUGUGAUAAGGAGGGAAGUAGCCACCGGUGCGCGCACUCAUGUAGGAAAGUUCGCACCUCCGCUCAGGGACGAAAUUCUCCAGAAGGCACUCAACGAAAACUACUAUUAUGACUUAAGGACAAACCAAGUGUGGAUUCCCGGGGAGGAUAAAAAAGAAAACAUAUUGGGCGCAUCCGAAGGGGAGGGAUCCUCUUCACGGGAAGAAGCUGCAGACGGGACGACUCUACUUGGGGGAAGUACACCGGUGGUACCUUCCACUGGAAUAAUUAAAGACCAUGGGUUUUCACUUCCAUUUGACAUUCUCCCAAAUGGGGGCGAAGUAGCGAAUGGUUUUCACGGUGAACGGAGAACCUCCAAGUUCGAAGACACAAACAAAAAAAUGAUGGAAGAUGCGUUGUUCACGAAGGGGGCACAAAAAUCCCCCUUUAUUGAUGGCCACGCUCUGCUCCCAUUUUAUGCCCACCAUGGAAAUCCACCUGUUCAGGAAAAGGAAACGCCCCAAAGAGCGGUCUUUACAGACGAGAAGGAAGAUUACAUGCAGUAUUUAUUAGGGGAAUAUUUUAUUUUAGACCAACUGGGGGUACAUCACAGGGAAGAAGAAAUGGCUACCGGCCGAAUUGAUAACGGAGGCAAGCAGUCGGUGUCACCAAAUUGCGUUCAGUUCGAAAGACAUUUAAGAGAGAAUUACGAAGAAGACGAUCCCGCUUUGGACACAUGCGACAACUGGCGAAAGGCCCAAAUGGGGAAUAACACAAUUUUGCCUCGCAUGACCGAUUUGAAGGAAAGGCUACUACACCCUCAAAGAAAUCGUUUUGAACUGCCUGCGUGUGAAACACAUGAGGUGGACUUAACCAAUUCGAUUAACAUUGGGGGGGGGAAAAAAUGGGGUGAAAAAGGGAAGGACGAUGAAGUUGGUCAUUCGUCCCAUUUCCCUUACCCAAUAUCUGGACAAUACGAUGACCACCAACAAAAUGUAUACGAAGACCAAAAUUUUAACAUAGGCAGUGAAAUCAGAAGCUACGACUGCUCCUCUGGUAACCUUCUUCUCAAGUACGUAAUGGAACAGGGGAAAAAGAAAAAAAACAAAAAUAAAACGGUACAGGAUGAUGGGUUCCCAAGUUCCUCAGAUCAUGUUUUACCACAGGAUUGUGAUAAUCACAAAGGAGAGAAUAACCUGCUCAGUAAGAGGUUGUCAAAAUCCUUCGCUAAGUAUACGCUAAUUGUAAAUGUACCGUCGAACACUACAAGGAAGGAUCUACUAGCCGUGUUUAGCAAGUUCGGGAAUGUUGACUUAACCAUGGUGGUUUGUGAUAAGAAAUCAAGACACCCUAACAAGGAAUGGACUGCAACAUCAGGAUACGCCUUUGUUCGAUUUUCAACAAACCUAGAAGCCCAGAGAACUUUGAAUACUGCAUGUGCAGGUGGAAUUCGCAUUAGAGGGAGUAGAGUUCGCGCAACGUGGGCAAAGAAGGAUUCCUACUCGAAGAAGGAAAAAGAAAUCACCUUUAAAAUCCCCUCAUCGAUACUUCUCAUAAACAUAGAAGAAUUCAUCUGCUCAAUAUGCAAAACAAAUUUAUCUUACGAACCCAUAUUAUUUCCAUGCUGCUACGCAUCUUCCUGUUCUGACUGCCUAAGGGGAUACCUUUCCGUCCACGCUGUUGGGGAAAACAUAGAAUGCCCUAACUGUUCUUUACACCUAUCAGAUGGACUAAUAAAAAUUGAUGAGCAUUCCAGUGGCGUUAUGGGCCUAUUGUACAAAAUUCAUUUGAACGUCAAAAUUAAGUGCCAAAAUGAGAAUUGUAAGUGGGUUGGCUCCCAGAACCAGUACGUUAACCAUUUCUUUUCUUGCAAGUUUGGUCUCUCCUAA